GAAUUCAGAGCGCGGAAGAGCCCGAGCGCCCCGCUCCCGCCGCCCGCCCGCCCGCCCGCCCGCUCGGACCCGCCGCCCACGCCGGGGCCCCCGGGCCGGGAGAAGAAGAUGGUGGUCCUCCGCAGCAGCCUGGAGCUGCACGGCCACUCCGCCGCCUCGGCCGCGAGCUCCCUGGACCUGUCCAGCGAGUUCCUCAGCUUGGAACGGAUCGGCCGGAGGCGGCUGCGCUCGGCCCGCGCCGCGGAGCAGCCCGCCGUCCCCGCGGCCGCCGAGGGGGAUGGGUCUUCAAUUAAGGAAGUUGAAACCUACCACCGGAAACGUGUUUUAAGGACUUUGAGAAAAAAUGCACAGAAUUCUUCAGAUUCUAGUUUUGAUAAGAAUAUGGAAGUAACAGAGAAACAUGCUAAUGGCGGGCAUUUUACAAGGCAGUUGGCCAGACAGCAGGCUGAUAAAAAAAAAGAAGAAAGCAAAAAAGACAAAGUAAUUCCAGUUACUCGGUCAUUGAGGACAAGAAACAUUGUUCAGACUCCAGAACACUUGCAUGAAGAGAAUGGUGAUGUUGAAGUUCGCCGCAGUUGUAGGAUUAGAAGUCGUUACAGUAGUGUGAACCAGUCUGUGCUAUUUGAUAAACUUAUAACAAACACUGCUGAAGCUGUUCUUCAAAAAAUGGAUGACAUGAAGAAGAUGCGUAGACGGCGAAUGAGAGGACUAGAAGACUUGACAGUGUUUAAUGAAACAGAAGAAGGGAAUCUUAAUAUGUACCCAAGAGGAAAACAAAAAAGUAUUCAAAGAACUGAUGAAGAAACAACUGAUAAUCAAGAAGGCAGUGUGGAAUCAUCUGAAGAGGGUGAAGACCAAGAAGAUGAAGAUGAUGGUGAAGAGGAAGAUGAUGAAGAUGAAGAAGAUGGAGAAGAAGAUAAUCAGAAACGAUAUUAUCUUAGACAGAGAAAAGCUACUGUUUACUACCAGGCUCCAUUGGAAAAACCUCGUCACCAGAGAAAGCCUAACAUAUUUUAUAGUGGCCCAGCUUCUCCUGCCAGACCAAGAUAUCGAUUAUCUUCUGCCGGACCAAGAAGUCCUUACUGCAAACGAAUGAACAGGCGAAGGCAUGCAAUUCACAGUAGUGAUUCCACUUCCUCUUCCUCUUCUGAAGAUGAGCAGCACUUUGAGAGGCGCAGGAAAAGGAGUCGUAAUAGAGCUAUCAACAGGUGCCUGCCACUAAAUUUUCGGAAAGAUGAAUUAAAAGGAAUUUAUAAAGAUCGAAUUAAAAUUGGAGCAAGCCUUGCUGAUGUUGAUCCAAUGCAAUUAGAUUCUUCAGUACGAUUUGAUAGUGUUGGUGGUCUGUCUAAUCAUAUUGCAGCUCUAAAGGAGAUGGUGGUAUUCCCAUUACUUUAUCCGGAAGUCUUUGAAAAAUUCAAAAUUCAACCUCCAAGAGGUUGUUUGUUUUAUGGCCCACCUGGAACCGGAAAAACUCUGGUUGCUAGAGCUCUUGCCAAUGAGUGCAGUCAAGGGGAUAAAAGAGUAGCAUUCUUCAUGAGAAAAGGUGCUGAUUGUCUAAGUAAAUGGGUAGGAGAGUCUGAAAGACAGCUACGAUUGCUAUUUGAUCAGGCUUACCAGAUGCGCCCAUCCAUUAUUUUCUUUGAUGAAAUUGAUGGUCUGGCUCCAGUACGAUCAAGCAGGCAAGAUCAAAUUCACAGUUCAAUUGUUUCCACCCUGCUAGCUCUUAUGGAUGGAUUGGACAGCAGAGGAGAAAUUGUGGUCAUUGGUGCUACCAACAGAUUGGAUUCUAUUGAUCCUGCUUUACGAAGGCCUGGUCGCUUUGACAGAGAAUUUCUUUUCAGCUUACCUGAUAAAGAUGCUCGAAAAGAAAUUCUAAAGAUACACACCAGGGAUUGGAAUCCUAAACCACUGGACAUAUUUCUAGAAGAACUAGCGGAAAACUGUGUUGGAUACUGUGGUGCAGAUAUUAAGUCAAUAUGCUCUGAGGCUGCUUUAUGUGCUCUGCGUCGACGCUACCCACAGAUCUAUAACACUAGUGAGAAACUGCAGUUGGACCUCUCUUCAAUUACUAUCUCAGCUAAAGAUUUUGAGGUAGCUAUGCAAAAGAUGAUACCAGCCUCCCAAAGAGCAGUGACAUCACCUGGGCAGGCACUGUCCACCAUUGUGAAACCUCUCCUGCAAAGUACUGUUCACAGGAUCUUAGAAGCCCUUCAGAGAGUAUUUCCACAUGCGGAAAUCAGAACAAAUAAAGCACUGGACUCCGAUAUUUCUUGUCCUCUGCUAGAAAGUGACUUGGCAUACAGUGAUGAUGAUGUUCCAUCAGUAUGUGAAAAUGGGCUUCCUCAAAAUUCUCUUAAUAAAGCAAAAGAAAAUUUUAAUUUUCUUCAUUUGAAUAGAAAUGCUUGUUAUCAACCUAUGUCUUUUCGACCAAGAAUAUUGAUAGUGGGAGAACCAGGAUUUGGGCAAGGUUCUCAUUUGGCGCCAGCUGUCAUCCAUGCUUUGGAAAAAUUUGCAGUGUAUACAUUAGACAUUCCUGUUCUUUUUGGAAUCAGUGCUACAUCUCCUGAAGAAACAUGUGCCCAGAUGAUUCGAGAAGCUAAGAGAACAGCACCGAGUAUAGUGUAUAUUCCUCAUAUCCACUUGUGGUGGGAAAUAGUUGGACCAACACUCAAAGCCACGUUUACCACAUUAUUACAGAAUAUUCCUUCAUUUGCUCCAGUUUUACUACUUGCAACUUCUGACAAACCCCAUUCUUCUUUACCAGAAGAGGUGCAAGAAUUAUUUAUCCAUGAUUAUGGAGAAAUUUUCAAUGUUCAGUUACCUGGUAAAGAAGAACGGACAAAAUUUUUUGAGGAUUUAAUUCUAAAACAAGCUGCUAAGCCUCCUAUAUCAAAAAAGAAAGCAGUUUUGCAGGCCUUGGAGGUACUCCCAGUAGCACCACCACCUGAGCCAAGACCAUUGACAGCAGAAGAAUUGAAACAACUAGAAGAACAAGAAGAAAAUACAUUUAGAGAACUGAGGAUUUUCUUAAGAAAUGUUACACAUAGGCUUGCUAUUGAUAAGCGAUUCAGAAUAUUUACUAAACCUGUUGACCCUGAUGAGGUUCCUGAUUAUGUUACUGUAAUAAAGCAACCAAUGGACCUUUCAUCUGUAAUCAGUAAAAUUGAUCUCCACAAGUAUCUGACUGUGAAAGACUAUUUGAGUGAUAUUGAUCUGAUCUGUAGUAAUGCUUUAGAAUACAAUCCAGAUAGAGAUCCUGGAGAUCGUCUUAUUAGGCACAGAGCAUGUGCUUUAAGAGAUACUGCCUAUGCAAUAAUUAAAGAAGAACUUGAUGAAGACUUUGAGCAGCUUUGUGAAGAAAUUCAGGAAUCUAGAAAGAAGAGAGGUUGUAGCUCCUCCAAAUAUGCUCCAUCUUAUUACCAUGUGAUGCCAAAGCAAAAUUCCACUUCUGCUGGUGAUAAAAGAUUGGUUCCAGAGCAGAAUGAAAAGCUCAAGAUGCUCAAUAUUCCUGUGGCUUGCAGCACUCCUGCUCAGUUGAAGAGAAAGAUCCGCAAAAAGUCGAAGUGGUACUUAGGCACCAUCACAAAACGAAGAAAGAUUUCACAGACAAAAGAUGGCAGCCAAAAUGUCACAGAUGACAAAAUUGAGAGUGAUACAGAGGAAAAUCACGAUACAAGUGUAGACCACAUCGAGACUGGAAACACAGGAGAGUCUUCAAUGGAAGAAAAUGAGAUGCAGCAAAAUGGCUCUGAAAGCAAAAUAGAUUUGGGAAAUAACUCAAGUAUCUGUAGCAUUGAGAAUGAACUUGAAUCUGGGAAGGCUGCCACAAGUACAGAACUGAAGAAAGAUAAGAUUACUUGCAAUGGAGAUUCUUUAAGCUCUCAAAUAAUAAAUGUUUCUAAUGAAAGUGAAGCAAAAGAAAGGUGGAUUCUGCAAAUGACUCGAGCUAGACAUUCCCAAAUAGAGCAACAGCAGCUCAUCAGUGCUGAAAAGGCUUUGGCAAUUCUUUCACAGCCUACACCCUCACUUGUUGUGGACCAUGAGCGAUUAAAAAAAAUGGAGCAAGAGGUAGAAAACUUCAUUUGUUCCAGAUCCUGAUGUCAUGGUAUCACAUAUUCUUUAUAUUCUGUUUUUAUUUAGUUCUCCUCUGUCAUGUUCACAUAACUGAUGCAAGGUGAAAUCUUGCAUCGUUAAGAAAAAUAUUAAAAUAGUAAAUAAAAAUAUUUAAACUUUUAGUAUCUGUAUAUGUGUAAGAUAAAUUACAAAGAUAAAAUACUGGGAAUUGGAUGGAACAAGGCACAUAGUAAUAGUAAUGCUAUGGCAUAUCAGUAGUUGAACUAUGGACAACUCAAUAUAAAGAUAGCUAAUGUUUUAUAGCAUUGAAGAGUAAUUAGUGACAUUGAUACUUUUUUGUUUUAAGCACUUUUAAUUUUAACUGUCCUGCAGUAGUUUAUUGCAUCAGACUAGAAACUUAGCCAUUGUAUCUUUGCCAUCUUUUGUUGUCUUCAGUAUCCGUCUCUCAUCUACUUUUAGCUUGCCCUGCUCAUUCACAUAAAAGCCAGUGUUCAACUGUUGAACAGCUUUUUAAUAGCACAAAGUUUUUAUAUUUGAAAAAUGUUUAUAUCCUUCUAAAUUUGUGUUUAGGUUAAUUCUAUAGAUAUCUUUUAUAUGCAAUUAUAUAAAUAUAAUAAAUUUUGUAAUAGUGAUAUCAAAAAUACAUUUUUUUCUUAAAGGAAUAAAACCAUUCACCAUGCACAUUCUUUUUCUUUUCUUUCUUUUUUUUUUUUAGGAGCCAUUCUAAUAUUUGUCAAAUAGCUUCUGUUGGAAACUUUCUAAAGGAGUUAGGGGAUAAUGAUCUCAAAUGAGAUAUUCUGGAUUCUAAUAGUUUCCUUUCGUUGAGCUGCCUUUCGUUGAUUUACCUGGAUAUUGUAUUUAAAGCAUUUAAAACCCCAGUAAUUCAGAUACCUUAAUUAAAAGAUAAUCUCUUAGUAAUGCAUAAAGCAAUGCCAUUCACUAUAAACAUCUGAAUAUGUGCAUAUUUCUGGAUUCAUGCACAUAUACACAUAACAUUCUUAUUUUUAUUGAAAUUUAUUAUAAUUUAUUCCAAAUGCAUCUUUUAUAACUAGGAUUUCAUUUUGUAUGUAUAAUUUCUGUAAUAAAUAUUAAAUGUAAAAAUUGUUUCUCAAA